CGUGGUGUAACCCUGCGCAGGACGAUUUGAGGGGCAGGGGCGGAGGGGGGGGCUGAUUUCGGAAGGGGAUAUAAGGAGGAGGGUCGUCUUCUCCGGUUUCGCGCCAUGACGGCGAAUGAGGACCAGGAGAUGGAAUUAGAAGCAUUACGUUCCAUUUAUGAAGGUGAUGAGUGUUUUAGGGAACUUAGCCCUACUUCAUUUCAGUACAGGAUAGGUGAAAACGGAGACCCUAAAGCCUUCUUGGUCGAAGUAUCAUGGCCAGAAACAUAUCCCCAAACAGCUCCAGUCAUAUCCAUGGAUGCAUUUUUCAACAAUGCCAUAUCCUCAGAUGUGAAGCAAAGUAUAUUGAAUAAAUUAAUGGAGGAAGUUGAAGUUAACCUUGGAACCUCUAUGACAUACACCAUUUUUGAAUAUGCCAAAGAUAAUAAGGAGUUAUUCAUGGAAAAUCAACGUGUUAAUACAGUGACAGCAUUGAACAACUGCAUUACAAUUGCACAUCCUGACACAGCGCAACCAACUAAGAAGAAAGAGAAAAAGGAACAGUUAUCCAAAACACAAAAACGAAAGUUAGCAGACAAGACAGAUUCCAAAGGAGAACUUCCUCGUGGAUGGAAUUGGGUUGAUGUAAUCAAGCAUCUAAGCAAAACAGGCUCCAAGGAUGAUGAGUAGGAAGACUUUGGUAUAGAAAUAUGUUGAUUUUUAUUACAACAUAAUCUGUAGUGAACUACAUUUCUCUUUUUCCACUUACAUUUUAUAAAAUUACAAUUCCUCACCCUU